CUGAUCCACACGGAAUUGGCCUCAAAAAGCCGUGGAGAUCGUUCUACUAUCGUGCGGUGGUCAGCAUAGCAGUACAAUUGGUUGGACAGUGAAUUAAAACAGCACGCAACGAAAACUACAAUCAUCGACGGUCGACGACGACGACGAGCUGCUGAAUUCGCAGAUCGCCAGCACGAUGCAGAACGACGACUUUGUGUACGAGCGCAAACUGCGGCCAAUAUGGGAAUCGAUCGAAAUUGGCAACUACAAAAAGGCCCUGCAGGAUGCCGAGAAAAUGCUGAAGAAAAAACCCACCAUGCAGUGCGCACGGGCACUGAAAGCCUGGGCAUUUUUGCGGCUCGGACGGGAAGAGGAAAGUAACGCUAUCAUCGCUACCCUCGAGAAGGAGGAACCAGUGGAGGCGCCAACCCUGCAUGCCCUCACGCUGUGCUAUAAGGAAACGCACCGGCUGGACAAAAUCUGUACGCUAUUCAGCAACGCCGUACGGCAGGUGCCGGGAAGCGAGGAACUGCUAUCGCAGCUCUUCAUCGCCUACAUGCGCGUGGACGACUUUAAGGCCCAGCAGUCGGUCGCGUUGCAGCUUUACAAAUUGCGGCCGCGCAAUUCGUACUACUUCUGGGCCGUCAUGAGCAUAGUGUUGCAGGCAUUGCGUGGCCCCGAUGCGGACAACGCGCAGAAAGUGCAACUACUGUUGGCCCUUUCCCAGCGCAUGGUUGAUAAGUUCAUUGCGGAGAACAAGCUGGAGGGGGCACAGGAAGCCCAGCUCUAUCUUCAGAUCCUGCAGGAGCAGCACAAGUACGGCGAGGCGUACGAUUUUCUCCACGGUGCCUUAUGUCAGAAGCUGUACCCGGGUGCGCCGGUAUACGGUAAGAUAGAUCUUCUCAAGAAGCUCAACAAAUGGGGCGAACUGAAUCGGUUGCUGAAGGAACUGCUGCUUCAAGAUCAGGACCGUUGGGAUUACUAUCAGGAUUACAUUAACUCGACAUUCGAACUGAUAAAGGUCGGAGAAACCCCAGACGGAACGGAUCACACGGUUGAGAUGUGUCACGAAUUUUUAUGCGACAUAAUCGAAGCCCAAGCGAAAAAGUGUCGUGGACCGUAUUUGGCUCGAUUGGAACUGAAUAGACGCAUGUUGGAACAGCGGUACGAUGAAGAGCAACUGUUUGGCAAAAUGUCCGACAUGCUAGCGGAGUAUUUUGAAUUGUUUGGCGAUAAGCCUUGUUGUGCGCUAGACAUGAAGCUCUUCCUCGAGUACGUCCGGCCAGCAUCGGAGCGGCGUGUGCUUGCUGCGAAGUUAUUGAAUGGCCUUGGGCUUAGUUCUGCCACUCUACCAGCGAGUAAAGCGCAAAUGCAACGACACAUCUGUACGCUACAGCUUGCGCGAUACAGUGGGGCACAUGCGGUCGUGAGCGAGGAACUGCUGCAUGCCAUCUACACCUCAUUGAGUCUACACUAUGAGCACGGUUUCAAUGCACACGGCCAGGGCCUUCUCGUUACCGAUAUGGGACCAUCGGAUCCGUAUGCAAUCCUAGCAGCUCAAAUCAUGUAUGAACGCGCAUGGCGCAUUCAACGUUCCGAGCCGGCCAUCGAAGCGCUCUGCCUGCUGGCCCACCUGCUGUCGAACAGUGUGAACAAUUUCCACGCCAAAUUGCUUGUAUUGCAGCUGUACCACCGAUUAGGGCUGACCCUGGCAGCCCAGGAAGCCUACGAGGCGCUCGACAUCAAGCACAUUCAGCUCGACUCGCUCGGGUAUCUGCACUGCGCACACCUGGCGAACGGCGGAUUCCCUGCCUUCGCCAAAACUAUCUACGAACGUACGUUAAACUUUUUCGAGAACGACAACGAAGCGGCAGCCGAGUUUCCGAAGGCAUCGUACAACUUUGGCACCUAUUCGAAGCUGGUGGAAAUUAUCGACUUCCGGAAUCGGCUCACGAAUAGCUUUCACUUUACGCUCGUCUCGGUGGAAGCGCAGCUGCUGAUGGUGGUCGGUUUCGUCGGUACCUUACCGCAGCUGCUAUCGCUGUAUAGACAGACGCGCCCCAAGCCUGGCGACGAUCGCAUUCGGUGGAACAAGCUGGCGGACAAUCGUGAUCUAACGAUAUUCGUUUGCUGGGAUCCGACGAGCAAUGACGAGGAGGGUGACGCAACGAAGACAUCCCAUCCCAUGGCCAAUGGUAACGAACGUGAGCAACCGUUUGCUCCGGCCAACUCCAAACCGGUCGGAGCUUUGCUGGAAGAGCGCCGGGAGGCACUGCAGAAGGUCAGCUAUGAGCAGGAUUACGAUCUUCUUCGGUUGCGAUCCGGUCUGCAACGGAUAGUCUUCUCGCUGGUCGAGCUAAGUCUCGUGCGUCCAUCGGGUCAAGAAGAAACCAGCGGUGCUACAUCCGAAUAUGCCGUGUCGCUUAAGUUGCGCGAUCAUUGGGUCACGCUGAUGGAAGAAAUUCGACGCAAGCAGCACGUCCCAAUCAGUGGGCGGUAUCUAGUCAACCUGUUGCCCUCGCGGUUGCAUCUGUACCUGCGCCUACCGUACGAGGCCGUGUUCACUCACUUGGCCGACUUUGUGCUUUCCCUGUGGCGAGGUUAUAGCAGCGAACACAAGCAGAACCCCAACACUACCAGCCUCGAAGCGCUUUCUCAGCAGGCGGAACGGUGCGCAAACGAUGUAACGAACCUGUCCGAAACGUUGAAACGUGCUAUCGAUACGUACCACGAGUCGGUUGAUCUACUCUGGCACUGGAAAGCCACGCACGAGCUCGUCAAUGGUUGCAUCGAGAUGAUCUCACUUAUGGUCUUCGUGCUAGCGGUAUGCUACGAUAAGUAUGUGCACGCUUCCGCCACACCAACGGUUACACCAGCGUCGGGGAAACGGUCCAAAAAGCAGACGACAAAUGAUGCCGCCGCUAACAGCGACACUGCCACCAACGGUGCCUCCGGACCUACACCCGCUUGUGUGCCCGAGAAGGAUCGACUUGCACUGGUAACGAAAGUCCUGCGAGAGCUGAAGCAACGAAUCAACGAGGUGGACCUGGCGUUAGCCUCCUGGAAGGCGCCCGUCGUCGAGGAUACCCUGUCCGCUGCCGUCGAGCGAAUGUCGCUAAACCCCAAGUGUGCGACGAACGUGGAGGCGGCGAUUGUUGUAAACACCCAGUCCGAGGUGAAGGAACUUCGCAAACUAGUAAAGGAUAAGCUGAAGCUGAUGAGCAAAGCCAUUUAAUUGUUCGCGCCAGAGACAUUUUUCGCAUCUAGUGUAUGACGUUCCAUUUCAACACCACGUGCCCAGUGUCUCGACUCCACCGCCAACCGCCACGUCACGUCAGUAGUACCUUUUUUUCCUCUCCCGCUGAUCGGUGAGAAAUGCGCCCUGUAGGGAUUCGCAUUGGUCAAGUCUUGUUAGUAGGCGAUUUAAAGUUUAAGUACGACCAUGCCGAUGUUUCCGAUUUCUAGUUUCUGCGACUAUAAUAAUGCUUUGGCAACCGAAUGUUCUAGUUUCCCCUUUUGUUGCAAUAAAAAUUCGUCUGUUCUCAUCUCAAGCGCGGAUGCACAGCAUUCGAUCGCAAAAACGUCGUGUUUGGAUUGUUCCUUCAUGUUUGCGCUGAAAAAAGAAUCUGCCUAGAAUAGACAUUGGAGGGAAUGUUCAAUAAAUAUUCAUUUCAAAUACUAAAGAACAUGAACGACUGAUUGCGACGAGUUUUGGUGCAUUUCUUGGUGCAUCUGUGUUACAAGCGGAAAACAAUACUAACUGUUGAAUCAAAAUGGCAUAAAGACUUCUCUCCGAAGGAGCUGACCGGGAACUGAAAUAAACAGAUUGAGUAAAU